UCCCUCUGUGACCCAAGGGUAGGAUUGCAAAACCUGUGCUCACAACUGGAGCGAGAAGGAGGGAGGGUGUGGGGAGCUGUGCCAGUCUUCCUAGGGCUCCUAUGGAAGCGGCAGAGCAGGAGACUUGCGGAAACAGCAGACUCCCUGCUGGAAUAUCCCACCAAGGAGCAGAAAACCCAUCUUAGUGCCAGAUGAAGUCUCCAAGGAGUUUUAUGCAAGGUGCACAUAGGAUCGAACGCUCGCUAGCUGAAAGCUGAAGUGUGGUCACACAUUGGUCUCCAACCUAUGUGGAGAACAGGAUGCGGGUCACCAUGAGGCGAGUACUGCUGGCGAUUGGCUCGGUGGCUGCCCUGAUGGUCACGCUGCAUCUCGGCCAGCAGGUCCUGGAGUGCCAGCAGGUCCUGAGCGAGAGGAGGCACAGGCUCAUGAGACCUGAGAACGAGGAGCUGGUCAUGGUGGACUCCAACCAGGUUGAGUACCGUUAUAGCAAGGAGAUGCCUCUGAUAUUCGUUGGCGGGGUCCCACGGAGCGGCACAACAUUGAUGAGAGCCAUGCUUGAUGCCCACCCUGAGGUCCGCUGCGGGGAGGAGACCCGCAUCAUUCCCCGUGUGCUGGCCAUGCGCCAGGCCUGGUCCAAGUCGGGACGGGAGAAGAUGCGCUUGGACGAAGCAGGAGUGACAGACCAAGUUUUGGACGCUGCUAUGCAGGCCUUUAUACUGGAAGUCAUCGCCAAGCAUGGCGAGCCAGCCAGGUAUUUAUGUAACAAGGACCCUUUCACUUUAAAGUCCUCUGUCUACCUGUCCAGACUGUUUCCCAAUUCCAAAUUCCUCCUCAUGGUUCGAGACGGCCGGGCGUCUGUCCACUCAAUGAUCACAAGGAAGGUGACAAUCGCAGGCUUUGACCUGAACAGCUACCGAGACUGCCUUACCAAGUGGAACAAAGCAAUCGAGGUGAUGUAUUCCCAGUGCUUGGAGAUCGGGCGAUCCCGGUGCCUGCCGGUGUACUAUGAGCAGCUAGUCCUGCACCCCGAGCAGUCCAUGCAUGCCAUCAUGAAGUUCCUAGGUAUUUCCUGGAGUGAUGCGGUGCUGCACCAUGAAGAGCUGAUAGGGAAGCCCGGUGGAGUGUCUCUUUCCAAGAUAGAAAGAUCAACAGACCAGGUUAUCAAGCCUGUGAACAUGGAGGCGUUAUCUAAAUGGAUCGGACACAUCCCAGGGGAUGUACUGCAAGACAUGGCCCACAUAGCGCCGAUGCUCGCCAGGCUCGGCUACGACCCGUAUGCCAAUCCGCCCAACUACGGCAAUCCGGACCCUUUAGUUGUCAACAACACGCACAGAGUUUUGAAGGGGGAUUAUAAAACGCCAGCCAAUUUGAAAGGUCAUCUUCAGGUGACUCAGAAUACGUCAUCUUCUCACUAAUAAACUUAUGAUUUCCAGAACGCUGCAAAUAGCCUUCUGUUGUCCAACAGGAAGUUUGCAAUUGCAAAAGUGGAAAUCCGUUAUCCAAGCAUAUUGCUUGCUAAUAAUAUUGCCAGAAUGACUGCUAUACGAGGAAUGUAUUUUGCGUUUAUUUGCAAAGGCCAAACAUUUUACACUUCAAGUACCAGUUGUCUACCUUUUCUGAAUGCUCCGUGGUAAAAGAAUCUGUGGAAAUGAAUAUUCUGACUGCAACUUCAAAGCGCGUUGGAAAGAGAUUUUAUAUUCAAUUAACUGAGAACUUUUUAAGGCUGCGUUUACGUGUCUCGUAGUGCUGUUCUCUGACUCACGAAGCAGAGAUAGGUGCGAUAACCCCGCAGAGCGUCUGUUGUACGAGUGACGGUCCGCGAGCCGCCUCCUGCCCUCCCUUCGCUUGUGAUUUACAGAAUCUAUUUAAGAGUUAAUAUAUGAGGCCGCCCGUCC